AUUAUCCCCCUUUUCUUUUGUGUUUCAAACUCUCCGCUGAGACCACAAGUGACCCAGAGAAACGCUGUAAUCCACGCGGCGUGAACAAUUGUCUUAUGUCGGUGGGAGUGGGAGCCGAGUUGUCUCGCGAUGAGAGCUUUUUUAAGCAGUUUCCCAUCCACCGUGCGUGCCGGGAUGGAGAUCUUAUGGCUUUGAUGUCAUUGUUGGAGCAGCUGUCAAACCAGGCUCAUCUGACCGCUGAGGACUCCUGCUAUGGAUGGACUCCCAUUCACUGGGCUGCUCACUAUGGACAGCUGGAGUGCGUGGUGCACCUGGUGCAGAUGGGAUGUGAGGUGAACACGGUGACUAGCCGCUUCAACCAGACGCCGACUCACACCGCUGCGUUCGGAGGGCAUCCUCACUGUGUGGUGUGGCUCACUCAGGCCGGCGCUGACAUCAACAGACAGGACUGCGUCGGUGAGGCUCCCAUUCACAAGGCGGCUCGCUCCGGAAGCUUGGAGUGUGUUCAGGUCCUGUUGAUAGCCGGAGCAGAACCACAGUUAAGGAACGCCAGCGGACAGACGGCAGCUGACCUUGCCCAAGCUCACGGAUUUCAUGACUGCUUCUGCAUCAUUUCCAAUGCCCAGACACAGCUGGUCCAGCUCGGUGUGCUUCGAGACUGCGCCCCCUGUGGGCAGGAACAGCACUGCAGGAAGAGGCAGUUGACCCAAAAGGAGAACCAUCACAUGAAGAAGGCCCGGAGAGCGGAGGUGUUGGUGCAGAGCAGCGUUGGUGAUGAGGUGGAGACUAUGAGCAUGGAGUCAGAUGCAAACACCAAAGCGUUCCUUGGCGUACAUCAGCUCACCCCUCCCUCUGAGAACACACAUUCAGAACAACGACGCCACUCUCUGCCCAGUCCGGCUGAAAUGUGCGGCUCGCUGCACCUGACCGGUAGCUCUGGCUCCAACCGGCCGGAACAUUGGUGGCUGACAGGAGCCGACUCCGGGGACUCACUGCUCUACGGACACUACCACGGCUUUGGAGACACGGCCGAAGACCUGAGUGACAGCGGCUGCAGGCAGCCUCUGACCAGCACCGUCCACCUCUACCACGGCUCAUAAAUGAAUCUGCUGAGACGCCGUUAGGCUCAGAGUCACAGCAGCGAGACUUCAGGAACUUUGGUGCUGAAUAGAGUUCAGGAGGAACUGAAACUUCUUCACUGUCCUGAAGUCUCAAUUGUUCUUGUUUGUUUUCCCCAAUGUUUCAGACUUAAGAAUGAUCCUAAGAUUCAGUUUGGUCUACUUUUAAUGGACAAUUUGGCAAAUAAGUCUGUGGAGAGAUGUGAAACACUCCAAAGAAUGUCCCUAUACUAUGGGUCCAGUCAGAAUGGUACCAGAACAAACUUGAUUUUCACAUUUAAAGCCACUUUGCUAACUGUGCUGUUUGGAAUGGACACAGCGUGUCCCAGCCACGACCUGAGACAUUUCACCUGAGUCCAGUUGAGCCUUCUUCAAAACAAACUAAAUUGGUGUCAAACGUUUGUGCAGCUAAAUUUUUCGUUUUGCUGCGAUCAUUUUUACGUUUUCAGUGGUCAGACGAGGUCAACGAGCCCCUCUGAUAUUUAUGAUAUCAAACUAAUUUGAAGUCAAACUGUGCUGCUUUGUGCUGCUAAAAUUUUCCUCCACAAUGUUUAUUUGGGUAAUGUGGAGGGGCCCGGUUGAAUUUUUAACAAUAUCUUCUAAAUAAAAGAAGCACAAAGAUUUGAUGCCAAUUUUGCUUCAUUUGAAGGAAGUGGGGGAACCAACUUCACUCAGGUAGAUGCUCUUCUUGGGCCUGGAAAACGAUGGAAGUGGGAGUUCAGUAUUUUUCAGAUCUUCAAGUAUGGAGAAGGAAAAUGAGCAUGUAAAAAUAUUGUUUUCCAGACAUUAUUUUCCAUCAUACUGUCUAAACAGUCUCCUUUCUUCCCUGUGUCCUCCUUUACUUUUUACAUUAUAUUUAAUUUUUUCUCUCUGUACUUGUCCAUAAUUUGUGCCUUCAUUCCUUCAGCUUCCUCCUGAUGUCUGUUAGUUCUGUCACCCUCACUUCUUUUCUUUGUAAUUUAUCCCUUUAUUGGAACUUUGUCUCCACUUUUCUUUGGUUCUGUAGUUAGUUUUUUAUACAUAUACAUUUAAGAUGCUUGGAAAAUCAUCUGAAGAGUUGGGAGCUCUUGGAAAGCAUGGAACAUCGACAUGAGCAACUUGCAAGUUGCCAGGUUGGUUGCGGUAGCUCCUGCAAAACUGACAGUUCCUACCAGCCACCUCAUGUGGUGUAUUCACAUUUACUCCGUUACUGCUUUGCACUAUGAGGGGUGGCCAAAUGAGACCCCUCUGUCCAUCACCAAGAGGAUCUGCUGCACUGAAACUAAACUGAAGGCCUCGAUGUACCAAAGGGAACAUUUUGUACCACGCUAUGAUUCUGUCUCCAGGGACUUAAUCCAAACCUAUUUAUGUUUUACGGAACGGGAACCUUGUGCUAAAGGACAAGCCAUGUCAGCUGUGUUGCCACAUCUGCCUUAAACCAGCAACAUAGCUCUUCAGAGCUAGUUUUCUAUUUUGUCCUGUUCUUUCCUAAUAAAACCGGUUUUACACAUAGCAACA